AUGGAGCGGGACCGCGGCCCCCGCGCCGCGAAGGCGCCGCGCAAGAAGCGCCGGGAGUCGCCGCUGCCGGGCCUGGCCGCGCUGCCGGGCCGGCGGGCCGUGCCGCCCCAGCCGUGCCGCCGCAGCCUGUUCGGCAGCGCGGGGCCCGAGCCCCGCGGCCUGAAGAAAAAGGUCAGUGGGAAAGCCCUACCAAAAAUUAAAGAAAAUGUUGAACUCACUGAUGAGAGCCCUUCACGCAACCAAAGCAAUCAAGUGACUGUCAGAGAAACAAGAGAUUUGGAAAAAGAAGAAGAGGAAUCAGAAGAAAGCAGUGUAUCACUGAGGAAAUCCUCAAUGAUCAACAUCGAAAGUAAAGAAAAUUUGCAAAAUGCUGAAAUGAAUUCAAGUACAGAAAUGACUCUUCCCACAGGUGUUUCAACCUUUCUCAUUGAGUGUUUAGAUGUCGAUUCAACUGCAGAUUCUAACAAUACUAGUGGCAGCCUGCAGAGUUACUCAUCCCCUGAAACAUUCAGAGAUGAUGAUUCAGAAAGAAGUAAUUUUUACUCUGUGGACCUUGGCAAGUACAAGAACUCUACUCUACUGGACUCCAGCAAAGCAGUGACCAUUGAUAAGAUAGCACAGCUCUCAAAUCUUUCAGCAAUAUUAGAACCUGUACUAAAGGAUUUUCAAGACCAGGGCAUUAGAAGAAAGAGACCAUCAAAUUGCAAUUACAGUUCUUCAGCAUUAGGCAUUUCAGCUACUCUGUCAGGAAAAAAGCUCUAUAAAAUUACAGCUGCAAGAGAGAGAACUCCAGACCUAGAAAGUGGUAUGCGCUGUGCUUCACCCUUAGGACCGGACAGCAAGCCUGACAAGCAAACUGCUAAACCCAAAAGGCUGAAGCGUAAGAAAACAGAACACGCUUCUAAUCUGGCAGGAGAAGGUUCAUCAUCCUUCAGGCAGCUUGAUGCCCCAGGAAACACUUCAGCCAGAUCAGGGGGGUUGCCUGAACAAGUUGUGCCAACCAAACCAACAGCUGCUGUGGUGCAAAUUACUUCCACCAUGCUGGUCGUUGAGGAAAAUAAAGCCCUAAAAAGUCCUGGUAAUGCUCAGCUUGCAAAGCUAGAGCCUCUGUAUGACACAGAAGAAAUCUGCUCCAUUGUUAGACUGUCACCACACCAGAGGCCUUCCAGGCUCCUGCGAGCUCCAGUUAAGAGGGAAGAGUUCUCCCUUCCCAAAGGAGUGCCUGAAGAUUCUAUUACAAGCACCAAAAAUUGGAUCUGCUGUAAACAGAGAUGAGGUUUCUGGGUCUCAGCAGGAGUCAACAGAAGAAAUGACCAUCUCGUUGCUGUGUCAGGGUGAUGAAACAGAACUAACAAGUGGCUGUUGUUUUUCUUUUUGCACAUACAUUGUUUGAAAUUUGGUAUUAUGUGUUCAGUAAGCUUGUAAGUACUUUACUCAAGUACUUAACAUUAAAUUGUUUUGUACAGCAA